AUGUCCAACCAAGAGUCGCAGCCCGAGCCCUUCCGCGGCGACCCGCCGUCGACCGACGACCUGCUGGAGAACCUCGAGCAGUGCCAAGCCAAGAUCGACGAGUGCUACCAAAUCUACCUGCACAACGAGAAGAAAAAGUCGGCGGAGCUCGAGAAGAAACUUGCCGAGGCCCUCAAGAUGAUCAAGAAGCUUGAGGCGUUGAAGAUUGUGAUGGAGCACAAUCACGAGCAAGCCAUAACGCCGCAGAGUACCCCCGCCGAGAGCACGGCCGGGAACAUUUGCCCGUAG